CCAUCAAGCCCGUGACCCAAGCCCGACUCAAACCCGUGACCCAAGCCCGACUCAAGCCCAUGACCCAAGCCCGACUCAAGCCCGUGACCCGAACCCGACUCAAACCCAUGACCCAAGUCCGUGA